AUUUCAACUUAGUUUAUGGCAACCCAAAUUUUUUUACGGAAUGUUGGCAGAUAUGUCGAAUUCAAGCCUAUGGUUGGCUGAAUAAUUUCUUUUCCCAUCCGUAGCCGAUUGGUGUCGUGCUAUCCUAAUGGGCAAGCCCCGUGGUAUUCGCACGGCGCGAAAGCACGUGAAUCAUCGCCGUGAACAGCGAUGGGCGGACAAGGAUUACAAAAAGGCCCACAUGGGAACGAGAUGGAAGGCUAAUCCCUUCGGUGGUGCAUCUCACGCUAAAGGCAUCGUCUUGGAAAAAGUAGGUGUUGAAGCUAAACAACCCAACUCUGCUAUCAGAAAGUGUGUCAGAGUUCAGCUGAUCAAGAACGGCAAGAAGGUAACUGCAUUCGUGCCCCGUGACGGUUGUUUGAAUCACAUUGAAGAGAACGAUGAAGUACUGGUAGCAGGAUUCGGUCGUAAAGGCCAUGCCGUAGGUGACAUUCCUGGAGUCAGAUUUAAGGUGGUGAAAGUAGCCAAUGUAUCCCUCCUAGCCCUUUACAAAGAAAAGAAGGAAAGACCACGAUCAUAGACACCGUUCAUUGUGAUAAAGUGUCUUGCUGCUGCUGGUGUUGUUGAUAAGAGUACAUCUUAAAAAAUGUAAAAUCUAGUACGUAAUAAAUUUAUGUACGACAAUA